AUGCGUGAAGCAAUAAAAGAUUCCAUUUCAUUAGACAACAAAUCAAUUGCAACACUUUUAUUACAAAAAGUAAAUAAAACAGAGAACAAAAUUGAAUUAAUUAUGUUUUAUACUUUAACUAUUUUCAUUCGUAGUAGGAGCGGCAGUAAAUUCCCAUCGGUUCGUAUUUUGGCCUUUAAGAAAUUAGUGAGAAAUAAAAAAAAUUGUCAGAAUAAAAGUCAACAUUGA